GUGCUUCAACUUGACCUGUGUGGACAAUGUGUGCUUGAUUACGUAUUUGGUAAAACCUUAACUCGGUCUUCAAAUUGCUUGCCUGGUUUAGGUAUUAUAUCUCUGAGGGGAGCAUGUCGUCUAACUGAUACUGGGCUGAAAGCACUUGUUGCAUCAGCACCCUCACUGCAGUCUAUAAAUCUGGGCAAGUGCUCGCUUCUGACACAAACUAGUAUUUACACUCUAGCUGAUUCUUUGGGAUCCAUUUUGAGGGAGCUCUACUUGGACUAUUGCCCUAGUGUAGAUGCUAUGAACAUUGCGCCGGCAUUUAAGAAGUUUGGACAUUUGCAACUCUUGUCAGUAGCAGGAAUUGAAACUGUAUGUGAUGAAUUUGUUAGUGACAUUAUCACUGCAUGUGGUAGCAGUAUAAAAGAGCUUGAUUUGGCUGAUUGCCCGAAACUGACCAAUUAUUCUAUGAAAGUCAUUGGAAAUACUUGUUCCGAGUUAUGUUCUCUUAACAUCUCGAACUUGCAUAGAUUGACAGAUAUGGGAAUUCAAUAUCUUGCCAAUGGCUGUAGAUCAAUUCAAACCCUCAAACUUUGCCGCAAUAAAUUCAGAGGAAACAUAAUGGAAUUCUGUUGCCAUUUGGUCUUACCUAGCAUAAUAUUUUAUCAAGCAUAUGGUGAAAUUUCAGAGUACUUGUUACCUUGUGCUGAAUUGGUUGAUGACUAA